AUGGGUCGCUACGACUUCCGCCCCCUCCGCGUCCGCCAGACGGCAAAAGCCCUCUUCGACGCAAAACGAGACCCCGUCCUACCCCAAUGGUACGAUGUACUCGGCAACAUACCACCCGGCGAGACGCUCGCCCGCCCCGUCCUGCGCGUACCCAAGAUGCGCAAAGCACGAAAAGCCAGCAAAUUAUUCAAACCACUCCCCAUCGUCUACCCCGAAGAUAAACUGCGAUCAGAAUUCUUCGGCGAACACCCCUGGGAACUGGCACGCCCGAGAUUAGUCGUUGAGGACAGUGGAAACGACGCCAAGCAUUAUGAUUGGAGUAAGAUUGAACAGCCGGGCAAGCAACUGGAUGGUGAGAGUGUCGUACAACGACAACUGUGGCUAAUGAAACACGCCUCCCUCUCCAAAGCCUCCGCCUACGACCUCGCCCGCCGCGAGUUCUACAAACACCGCCAUCUAUCCGAAAUCCGGCAACGAAUCGCAAAAGAAGAAGCCCAACACGUGGGCGCUUACUUUGGUAAAGGGCCUCUGGAGAUUGGAAUGGAGCUCGAGGACCGCAUGUGGGAGAACUGGAAGAACUGGGCCACUAAGCAGAUUGAUGAUGAGCAGGCUAUGCGCGCGCAGAUGUUUAGUGGACAGCAGGAUGAGGGGCUGGGUGCGGGCGCUGAAAUGACAAAUUCAGAGUAUGAUACUGCCGUGGAGGAGCUGCAGCCGGUUGUGCCGAAUAAUCCACAGGGGCAGAGGCCGAUGGGCGGUGUGGUGGCGCAUCCAUGA